UUUUUUUUUCUCAUCUUCAAGUUAAUUUCAUUCAUAUAUUUAUCGCUUGCAGUAGUAUACAAGCAAUUGAGGUUUAAAAAUUUCGGAAUAAUAUUCUUAUAAAAUGGGUAAAACAAAGAUUUACUGUGCAAAAUGCCAGAAAAAAUGUUCCGGUGAGGUAUUACGGGUUACGGACAAAUACUUCCACAAGACAUGCUUUCAAUGUGUAACAUGCAAUAAAAGUUUAGCAGCGGGCGGGUUCUUUGCAAAAGAUAACAUUUAUUAUUGUGUAGUAGAUUAUCAGAAACUAUAUGGUACAAAGUGUGCCGUAUGUCAGCAAUAUGUUGAAGGAGAGGUUGUAUCCACAAUGGGUAAUACAUACCAUCAGAAAUGUUUUACAUGUACUAAAUGCAAUCUACCCUUUGAAUCCGGUAGUAAGGUCACAAACACCGGAAAGGAGAUUUUAUGCGAGAAAUGUAUUGACGGUGGUGCGCCAAAACAGAAGCAAAUAACUCAACAGCAUGCUAGUCCAACAAGAGCGACAGCACAACAACAACAUAAUGAGAUAUUGCAGAAAACAACAAGCCCAAAAGAUAUCGAUCCAAAUAAUUGUGCUGGCUGUAAUACAGAGCUAAAGGAGGGACAAGCUUUGAUUGCAUUAGAUCGACAAUGGCAUAUUUGGUGCUUCCGUUGCAUGGUAUGUGGUCAAGUAUUAAGUGGCGAAUAUAUGGGAAAAGAUGGACAGCCAUAUUGUGAGAAAGAUUAUCAAAAGUCAUUUGGUGUUAAGUGCGCUUAUUGCGAACGUUAUAUAAGUGGAAAAGUUCUACAAGCUGGCGAUAAUCAUCAUUUUCAUCCCACAUGUGCUCGUUGUUCUAAAUGCGGCGAUCCAUUUGGCGAUGGCGAGGAAAUGUAUCUCCAAGGAACGGCAAUCUGGCAUCCACGAUGUGGACCAGGACCGUCAGAAAAUGGCAUGAUUUUCAAUGGCAGUACGACUGCAGAAGUCGAUAGAAUAAGCAAUAGCGCGAGCGAAAUACAAUUUUCAUUACGUUCGCACACCCCGAGUAUAAGCGGUUCAGUUUGUAGUCCAUAUUCUGGUAGAAAAUAUCAUCGUACAACAAGUCCUGGUUUAGUGCUUCGAGAAUAUAAUCAAUCAUCAACUUAUGGUGAAGAUAUUUCAAGAAUAUACACAUAUAGCUAUUUAACAGAAGAAGUAACUGGCUUGAAGAAACCAAUCGAUCCUUAUGAUAAGAAACCCGUGUCGCCUCACUUUCAUCGACCAAAUUAUGCACCAUCGUCUUCAGGUCGACCACCAUCCCGUCCUCAAUCGCGAAGUCGCUCAGCUAUGAAGGUUUUAGUGGAUAGUAUCCGUGCAGAGACGCCACGUCCAAAGAGUCCGGCUAUGAUGAAUGAAGAACCAAUUGAAUUAAGUCAUUAUCCAGGUGCGAAAAAGCCGAAUCCUAACGAGAAGCCAAAAAUUGAACGAGAUGAUUUUCCAGCACCUCCGUAUCCUUAUACGGAUCCCGAACGACGACGUCGAUACUCAGACUCAUAUAAAGGUGUUCAUACCUCGGAUGAUGAGGAUCAAGUCGAUAAAGCAGAAAACGUUGAGAACAUUGAACCUCAAUUAAAGAAGGAAGAAGAGGAAUUAAAGAAAAUCAAUUCCGGUAUGAGUAAAGUUAUUCUAAAGGAUAUAAAGGAGCGCCAGAAAUAUAAAAUAUGGAAGCAGAAUAAUUUAGAUCCACGCAAUGCAUCACGUUUUCCAUCGGCUAUGAAAGAGCCACAAUACAAAAUGAGAUAUGAAAGUCCGAUUGGUGCGAGUCCAUCGAGAAAUUUGGAUCACUCACGUCCAUAUGAAGAAGAGAUGUUUGAUCGAUCCAUUAGCUAUAGAGGUUCAGUUGGUCGUGCGAUUGGCGUUGGCAAUAGUUACAAUGCAAUAAAUUCAUAUCGAUCACCAAAGCCAGGAAGUGGCUAUAAGCAUUCAACACUCCCAGCAUCGAUUCGUAAUGGUUAUAGUUCCGACUUUUCCUUCGGACCAUUAGUAGAUAAAACGCACAGCACAGAGUUCUCUUGUGGAAAAUCGGAUAUAUCCGUGGAUGGAUCAAUUACGGACGGUGAUAGACGAGCAUUGGGUGCCGAUAUUCCAGCAUCAAGUACAUAUUCAGGUGCAAUUUACAAUCAAUAUGUUCCACAAUCGGGACUAGUUAGGAGAUCCUUGCCAAACAUGGCUCAUUCGAUACUUGUUCACGAGCCAGCUAAAAUCUAUCCUUAUCAUUUGCUAUUAAUCACAAACUACAGAUUGCCUGCUGAUGUUGAUCGUUGUAAUUUAGAGCGUCAUUUAUCAGAUACUGAAUUUGAGGCGAUUUGUGGGUGCACAAGGCCCGAGUUUUAUCGUAUGCCACAAUGGAAGAGAAAUGAUAUCAAAAGGCGUGCGCGAUUAUUUUAAGGGAACUAGUAUAGAAAAUUAUGUCUAUGAAAAAAAAAAAUUAUAUUUGCUUAUUAAUUAAAAAGGAAGCUUUUUUAGGAUGAAAGUGUUUGCUAAUUUUUAUUUCUUUUAAAUAAUGAAAGCUGUUCGUGAGCUUUAUUAACGUAAAAAGAAAGAAUUGAAAAUGAAUGAUGAGAAAUUUUUUGGAGGUUAAGGACAAAAAUUUAAAUAUUUAUUCGAAAAGCUUUUCAAUAAUAUUGCUUUCUUCCUUGUAAGGAUUAGGAUAAAUUAUUAAUUAAAUUGGAUGGAUUUGUAAGAUUCUUGUUGUGAGCUUUUAGAAGAUUAUUUGAUUAUUUUGGGGACAGGGUGGGGUACGGUAUAUUUUUUCCUAUUUAUUACUUCACUACAUCACAUUUACUAUUUAUAAAAAAUAUAACAAAUCUUUUAAAGACAUGAUCCACUAAGUAAUCAAUUUAGGCAGCUUAGCUUUGUACAUAUUUGAUUUAUAAAAUCAUUUUCUAGUAGGCAACUCAGUUAUUUAUUCUAAAUGGGAAUUUUUAUGAAUUUUUGAAAUUUCCUAAUAGUUUUACUUCUACUUGGUAGAGUUUAGAAAAGCUUGAUUUACAGAAAUAAGCAUUAAACUACUGCGCAGUAUUGCUCACAAAAAAGUGGCGCAGUCCUGCGCAUUUAAAACUUCGAUAACUGAAAUCUGUAAAUUUUGAUUAAACCGUACAGAAAAUAUAUAUUGAUAGCUUUUUCUAAACUUAGUGCUGCUAUUAAUAUUAAAGACUAAGUCAAGAAGUGUAUCAGCUAUUCAACUAUUCAUUGUGCAUUAAAAAUUCCUAUAAACAGUUUAAAACCUUUAAUAAAUUAAAAUAUAUUAUCCUAAAAACUUCAAAAGCUCAUUCCAAAAUCUACAGUCCACCAAAAACACUAAUGAAAGCUUUUAUAAUAAGACAAAGAAAAGGAGAUAAAGCAGUAGAAGAAAAAGAAGAAGAUUGAAAAAAUUGAUAAUACUAUAGUUUCUCUGGCAAGAAGCUUGUUCAAACUUUAAAAAAAAUUAAAAAAGAAUAAUAAUAAAGAAACAAAUAAAAACAUUUGAAAAAAGUAUAUUUUUGUUAAUGAAGAAUGAAUAAAACAAAUUGCGAAAAAAUUGCCUAUAAAAAACUUUGAAAGAAAAAUAAUUGAAAUUAUGACUAAAUUUAAUACAAAAAUAAAUAAGUAAAGUUUUGAAGAGGAAGUCUUAAAAAUAUAGGGUAAAAAGUUUAAAAAAUAGAAAAAGAAAAUCAGAACUUUGUUGCACCAAUAAAAAAUGAAGUCUAACUCUCACAAAUAUGC